UAUAUUUUUUGUAGGAUUUAGGCAAUUAAUCUGUGUCUGAGUAGAAGGAUUGAGCCUAAUUUGCUGUUUAUUUUGACCAGGGGCAUCAGGUACUGACCAGAGCCAAAUGCUGAUGGAUGGACACUGAUGUUUCACUGAUUACUAAACAGUAUAUCAAACCAAAGACAAGGAUGGACAACAGUGAGGUCCACUUUGAAAAUGAAGAGGAACAGUUAAAUCAACAAAUUAUUGAAGUACAAAAAGAUGUAGAAGAAAAUAUACAGACUGCAGACUCUCUACUCAAUGCAUUAGAAGAAGACUACAAUGUAAAUGAGGAGUGGAAGGAAAAUGUUAAGAAACUACGUCGCCAAGUGCGCUUAGAAGGUCAGCAUGUGCUUGCUGUUCUAAGGCUAGGACAUAGCCAUCUCCAUGACAACUGGAGCUUCACACUUGAUGUCAAUCUUGCAGAACUCGAAUUCCACUAUCGAGUUUUAAAGCACAAGCUUAGUGCCUUGUUGAAACAUCGUAGGCAUUUUACAACCACCACUGAUUUAAGUGUGUAUCUCUUAAACAGUGGCACUAGGACAAGUCCCUUGUAUGAAAAAUUACCCAACCCUAGAGAGAAGCGCAUCGCCUUGGAUUUGAGUGGCAGCCAUUCUUCCCUAGCAUUGAAAGGUAGAAGGUUUGUUACAAGACUUUCUGGAUCAUACAGAGCUGUAAUUAAAAGCAGUGUUCAGAGGAGAACACGGUCUGCAUCACCAAAAUACAGCCAUGAUACAGAAAGGGAAAGAAGCCCUGGCAGUGAUUUCUUGUUCACGCCAAGAAAACUAAAAACUAGGAAAAAGAUUGAUAUCUCUGACAUUUGUUCUGAGAUAUCUUACACAACAGCAGAGAGCUCUUUUGAUAAUUGGAGUACAGUGUCAGGAUAUCAGAGUCAGGCAGGACUGUCAGAUUCAGAGUGUGGUUUCUCUCAGGAUUUUACUCAUAAGAAAAAAUAUGGAAACCUUGUGUCUAGUGGCAUAGCUGAACCACCAAGAAGCUGCAAAAUGGAAGCCACUGCAGGUGUGAUCCAUUCUGGACCCAGUUUGCCUGACAACCCUAAUUCUUGCCAACCAUUUUAUCCAACAGGUGUGUCCACACCAAGCAGAAGUGGAAGGCGAUCACCAAAAUACAAAGAAGGUAGGGUGUCCCCCAUUGCUAAUGGGAGGAGGAGCCCUAAAGGGGGUGGACGUAGGCCACAGAAGCUGAUUGGAAGGUUUUCUCCUAUGAGACAAGAUGGGUGCAUGUCGCCAGCAAGUACCACAGAUGGCAGGUCAUCGCCUCCCAUGAUCCUUGAUGUCGGCAUGUCACCUAGUCUGAAUAAAACAGCCUCUGUACAAGAAGGCAGAAUGUCUCCAACUCAGAGUGGACGUCUGUCUCCUAGCAGUGGGCGUAAAUCCCCCAGGGCAGCCAGUCUUGGGCCUGAAGAAUCACCAAUAGUCACGAAGAGAAGAAAAAUUGUCCUGGACCCUCUACUGGAUAGCCCCCUGUCUUCAGCCAGCACUGACACCCUUCAUCAAAGUUUUCGCGACUCUCCUGAGAGAUCUUUCGUUAGCAGCCAUGAUGAAUGGAGUGACAGCUGCCUGAGCAGUCCCCAAGCUUCGCCCCUGGGGCUGAAGGCACGGAAAGCAAUGAAGGGGAAUUAUAAGAAGGCCAAGGAAGAUUUGUGGGCAGCCAUCCAGUCUGACUACCAGUAUCUUAUGGAUGAUGAGAUCAUAGAGACUUGUAAGUCCACUGAGAGUGACCUGUCUUGGGAUGAUGAUGAUUCUACCACCUUUCCCAAUGUGUCCUUCACUGAAUUCAUACAGCAAUAUAAAGAGCUCACAGAUUGGUUAAAUCAAAUCAAACUUGUCACCCAGCGGCAGAGCAUGAGUCUGUCAGAGAAGUACCUUAAUCAGUCUUAUCAUGAAGAGAUGCUGCAACGAUCACCAAGACGCAAACUCUUCAAUGACUAUGCCAAACAGCUGGCCAAGAGGUACCCCAACAUGAAGGAAGAGAUCAAUGCUAGGCUUCAGUUCGUCAACUCUCAGUGGGGUCAUAUUCAGGAAGCCAUUUCCCCUAAACAUGGACAUCAAAAUGAAGAGCAAAUGCUUCGAGAUUUAGAGCAAGACCUGAAUGGUUUGAGACGUUGGCUUCAUGAGGUGGAAGUGAAACUUCUUCCACUGUGUCUGCGUGCCACUUGGAGCCAAGAGGAGCUAGAGGCCAAGCUGAAGGACCAUCAGGUCUUGCAAAGAGACAUUGAGUCUCGUUCAAAAAUUGUUUCGGCUGUUCUGAAGCUUUGUGAGCGUUUAGAGGGAGACAAGAGGGCAUGUUCUGAUGAAGAUGACAAAGAUACUCUACAGUUUGCAGCCCUGAAUCUAGAGCGUCGUUGGCAUGCUAUUUGGCUACAGUCUUUGGAGUGGCAGUGCCGCUUGGAGGAGGCUAUCAGUAGGAAGAAGGGCCUAAUUACACCUGUCUCUCAGGCAUCUACCUUUGGUGGGUUUAACUUCCACAGUGCAUCCCAGCUCAGCAUACCACCUACAGAUAUUGGAGAUAGUGAGAGAAGUGACUACACGGACACAGACAUUGAUGACUUUAACAACUCUGACAUCAUCCCCUUUGCUGAAAACGAGUAUGAAAAGAUAACAUCCGAAGUUGAUGUUCAGACGGAGAAGGACGAAAAGAACACAGAGAAAGAACCUGGUUCAGCCAUUGAUGAUUUACUAGAAGUCCAAGACAGCAAUGAGAAGAAGUCUGUUGUGUUGAGUAGUAUCCAAGGCAGUUCUUCGAAUGAGCCUUUGGAACAUGCAAGCAUGGAGAAAGGUAAACAACGGACGACCAAGGGGAUUAAAGGGUCUGUGGAGGGUCAACAAAGCAGUCAAGAAGAAAGCAAAUUGGAGGUGAUGGGCAGCAGUCCCCCCACUAAGGAUGAUGACCUCUACACAAUGGUGGUCAGUGCCCUAAAUGGGAAGGAUUCGACUGAGGAGACCACUGCUUCUUCUGAUGACAGUAAGCUAGAGAGCCAUGAUGUUGGAUACUCUAGUGGUGGACAGUCUAAUGAAGAAGUUGAGUACAGCAUCACUGAGACCACACAGGAGGUAAAAACAACCAAGAUUCUCGUGAGGGAAACACAACAUACAACCAUCUCUGUCAAGAAGGAUGACACCUUGGAGGCAUCAGUGAGUGAGAUUAAUGAUUCCACUUUUACCAAUGUGUCCUCCCUGCCCAGUGCUGAGGAAUCCCCAUACCAGGCUGUGUUUGGGGAUGAUAGCAGUCAUAUCCAGGAGGAUCAAGAACCAAAUGGAGAGGAUUCUGAGAAGUAUGAAGAGGCAUUAUCAUCACCAAGCAAGAGAUUUUAUAGAAUGACAUCAGUUGAAGAAGAAUUUGCAGCUGAAAACCGAGGCAGUAAUACUGAGGAAAUGACCCAAGGCUACAAAUCUGGGUCUGAAUCUGAUACCCAAUCCAAUGCCAAAGUGCGUACAAGGCUGGACUUCUUGAUACAAGACUUGGAACACCGUUUGGAAGAAGAUACUAAACCCCGUUCUCGUACAAGCUCUGCCAGUGCUUUUGGAUUUGAUGAUGAAGAUUCCUCCAGCUCUCUUACUUCUGAUGAAGAGCAUGUUGACACUCAGAACAACAACUCAUUUAUAGAAAACUUGGACACAUUUGAGGAUUACAACCAUACUCUAGAUACUUACAAAAGUCACAGCAAAAGAUCUAGUGAUGAAAAAUCAGAAUCCUUGGCAGUGCAAGCUAAUUCUGAUUCUGAUCAUCAUCAAGAAGUCACCCAAGAUGAUGAGCCGGAUGGAGCUCCCAAUUAUGAUUUAGAACAAGUACAUAUACCAAAUAGCAGAGAGUCUGUAGAACGCUUGGUGCGACAAGCAGAGUCCUUUGUCAGAGAUGGGGAUUUCAACAUUCAGACGAACAGGUGGACUGAAACAUCAGGCAAAAGACGAAGAAGGAGAAAGAAGAAAGACACUAGCACAGAUUCCUCUGCCAAUGACAAUGCGGGGAAUUAUGUGGAAAGUUCUUGUGAUGCAAGCAGUGAAUAUACCAGUGACUCUGAGAGUUCAUCGUCCAAUGAGGAAAAUCUCUACAGCAGUGUGAUUUUCAAAGAGACCACUGUCACAGUAGAGACACAGAAUGAAGGACAUGUUGACAGUGUAACAGCCCAAGGAAGCAGUUUGUCUGCUUCAAGUUCCCCUAAUAGAGAGGUGCCACAUGGGGUCAAAAUGAGGCGAAAAGCCAACCGCCACAAACAAAACGGCCGCCCAUGGAGUGUGACGGAACUCUAUGAACUAACGAAUCGAUUAGACUUUUCUCCAUUUUCCAUAUCUGAAGGUGCUCUUGAUGCCUUAGGAGGAAGCCAACCCGAUUCUUUAAACAAAGUGACUGCCUCUGGUACAGAACUAUGUUCAUGGAGGGGUGCCACACUGCACAAGCUUUCCCCACAUCCCAAACGUAAACACCAUACAAAACACAUGAAAAUGAAGCGAAGUGUGUCAGAGAGUGAAAAGUUGUCACAGGAACCACAGGUUGGUUCCAGUGAAAGUCCUAGGGAAGAUAAUAAAUCUCUCUCAGAGCAUGAAACUCUGUAUGCUAUGGUGGCGGGUGCCCUGGAUGCCAGAGAACAUGCUGGGUCUAGUCAGGAGGAAAUAAGUCAGUACAGCCUCCAUACUGGCCAGUUGUCUGCAGUCUCUGGAGAAGGAAACCAGUCAGAUUUGGGUGAUCUGGUUGACACUGAGAAAAGAGAUGACAGUGACAAGGACAGUGAUGACACAGAUGAACUCCUUAACAGUACUGUGGAAUCCUUCUCAGAGCAUGCUUGGGAUCCAUAUCAGGACCCACCUUACCAAGUAGUGACCAGUGAUGACAAUGAAGAGAAACUGGAUGACAGUCACCUUACUUGGGAAAAUGAGGACAAUUUUGAGUUUGACGAUGACUACAUCAAAGACAGUGGCAUGUUCUCAGCAGAGUUCUUGUCUGCAAUGCAGCCCAAGCAAUCUACUGUUGAUAGUGCCCUUGAUGGCAUGGCUACUUCUGCUGCUAGCAAUGGUUAUCCAUCUCUGAGUGGAUAUUCUGGAGAUAGUUCUAGAGUGGACGAUUCUGACUCAGACAUGGAGGAUUUUCAGCAUGUCAUCAGUGAGUCAGCAAAACAGAUUCAGGUGACAGAAACGUCACUAAAGAAACAAAGGCGAGAUGCCAUGGACACUGGCCUCUGUAUGGAUCCCUCAAAAUAUGCUGAGCUUGUUGCAACUUGUGAAACAAACUUGCGCUGUCUCCAGGUGAUUAUAGAACAUUUGAAUGCUGGAAAAAGUCUCGUUGGGCUAACUGAAGAAGAUGUAAACAGAGUACAUGAGAUCAUGACCUGUUGGAAGGACCUGCAUAAUCUUGCCGUGGACAAACAGUCCAAGUCACGCCAGCUGUCUGCCAUUCAUCAUGAGAUGCAGAUGGUCCACAAGUACUUAAGAGACCUAGAAAAUGGUCUUGAACAGAGCAACUUUGAUGACAUAAAAGCUGUAGAGGAAAGGAUUAAGUACUUACAGGAGGCCAAACUGAGCAUAUCUGAACAGAAGUCAACUCUUACAAGUGUAGACAUGAGGGUGUCAGAGUUUGCGGAACAGAAUACUGAUAUUAACAUGCUAAGAUUCAAAAAGGAAUGUACUGCUAUGUGUAGCAGAUUUAAAGACAUAGAAACAAGAACUCUUACUAGAACAGCUGAACUUCAGAAUCUUCUUCUUGCCUGGUAUGACUACUCAGAGACAAGUAAGGAACUAGACUAUCUGCUGAGUCAGCAAAGGCAGCAUAUUCAGCUCAUGCAGGCAGGGCAGCAGAUCCUUGUGAUGAACGAACAGGAGAAAGCAGAAGCUGCUAUUGAUCUCAAGAACAUGCUUAUCGAGUUGGAUGGAUAUGAAGCCAAGAUGGCAUCAAUACGUCAACUCUCCUCACAGCUUCUCCCGCUGUGCAGUACUGACACACAGACAGACAUUCGUGCCAGUGUGGGGACUCUUAGCAACCAGCUGGAUGCACUCAAGCAUGACUGCAAGAGAAUGGUUGCCAGUUUACAAGCCAGUGAGACCACUGUGGACAGAAUUGAAGAAAACAUGGAAAUUUCUCCUGAAGCAGAGGUCUUUGUUGUUGGUGCGGAAGGCCUUGAAGCAGUUGGGGCUUCUGAUGAUGUUGGGUUAAGGCAGAGAAAAAUGGAAGUCGACUCUGAGAUUGAAUCUGCAGUUGCUGCAGAUGUUCCUAUGGAAACUGAAGAGGUUGUCAGAGAAAGUAUACCAGUUGCCAGUGCAACGGUGGCAGCAGAGAGCAGCAAAGUCCGUCCUGUGAGUAGGUGGAUUGGGAGACUAGCAUUUUGCCGACGCAUACUGAAGGUAGCAAUCCCUCUACAAAUAUUGCUGAUCUUGUUAUUUGGAUUGGCCAUGUUGCUGGAGCCAGAUUGUUGUGAAUAUUUUAACAACUUCCGCCUGACCUUUGCCCCACAGUUACGCUAUGUGAGAGGCCCACCACCUAUAUAAAGACAAGAUAAAUGUUAACAUGAAAGGUCUUUGUAUGUACCAAAAAUAGAUUGAGGAAUUUGUAACCUCAAAGGUCAGAUGGAAGAGUGCUGCUCCCUAUCUGUAUAGUAAUUCAGAAAAUUGCUGCUCCCUCUCUAUGGUUUCAACCUGGAAAGAGCUGUCACAGUUAAAUGAGCCCUCUUAAAAGAGCUGCUGCUAUCUGUUUGGAGGAACUGAAACAUAUACCAGAGACACUUUGUCGAUCUAAAGUUGUUGCCCAUAGGUAGAGGGACAUGAAGUGCAUUGAUGUAUAUAUGGUGACAUUUUGUACAAAGAAGUUUUGCAUUCAAAGGACUAGAAAAGAUGGUUCUUUUGUUCAUAUGGUUACUUCUUGUGCAAAGAAAGGCAUGUCAGAAAAAUGUUGGUAAGAUAACUCUAAGAUAUUGAUGCAGUUGUACCAUUUAAGCUUUUGCUUUUGCGAGAUGUUUUAUCUAAAUGUUCACCAUGAACAGUGGGCAUAUUAUUAAGCAAUUUUCUUUUGCAUACCUUGCAUGCAAAUAAAAAAGAUAUUCAUUUUAAAGAAAGUUUUAAUUUCAAAUAGGCAGCUGAAAUAUUUUAACUAUCAUAACAUAUUUUUGCAACAGUGAACAGAAAAGAUAGUAGAUAUUAAUUAUGUCUUAAGAUCAUCUCCUGAAAAGGUGUCAUGAGGAUAUGCCAUCACGGCAGCCUUUUAAGGUAAGAAAUUACAUUUGACUUUAAGAAUUAUAUUUUGCAAAUUAUGAAAUUGUAAAUUUAGUUUGUUUUAGACCCAAAUACUUAUUAUGGUUAAUGGUCUUUCUGGUAUUUUAUCAUUUAUCCAUACUUAUCAUGCGUGACACUUUUUACAGUGAUAGUGAAAAUUUACCCUCAAUUAUGUAAAGACAUAGAAAUGCAUGUUUAUAUCAAAUUUAUAUCAAAGAAUUGGAAUGAAUCUAUUUUUAAUAAUAAAGUAUUUAUGAUUACUAUUAUUUCAUCAGCUAUGUACAUAUAGGUGUAUAUGCUGCUGUGGUUUAAAGAUAUUACUGUCCAAAAGUACUCAUGAAAUUAAUCCAGAAAGGCCUUGGCCUUUAAAGCAUUUGAAAUAAUUUUUAACUGUCUAGGAAAUGUAUCUCUUUCAAUAGCAAGUUUUAACUUCUUAUUAAAAUAAAGAUAUUUGGUUUAGGAAAUUUGGGGAAUAUUUUAUGAAAUGUUUUGUUACAGGAUAUUGUAACUAGCUCAGUUUUUUAGCAUUAAAAUCAGAUGUUCUGGGAAACCUAGAGGCUGUUAAAAUUGUGAUGUUUGCAGUUUUACCUUAUUGUAAAAGUUAACAAUUUUUGAGACAUUUGUUUGAAUACUCACUGACCAGUCAUAGUGAACACAUGAUGGUGCCAUUUAACUCAGGGUUAUUUAUACCCUCUUGCUUUAUACUUACCAUAUAUAAUUUAUCAGAUGUGAUCUUACCCACGUAAGAGCCAUAAUAAUUCUAUAUUGACCAGAUAUAUUCAUUGGCCCGAGUACAGUGACACGGCUGUUUAUAUUCACAUUUGGCUAUGGUAUAUAGCAGUCUUCUCUAUUGUUUAGGAAUGAAACUGAAUUUGUUUUUUUUUUUAUUGUAAAUUGAUUGAAACCUGGAUGAAUGAUGAAUAUUUUGUACUUGCAGCUUCUUAAAUUAUUACUUCGCAAUGAGAGAAAGCGAAAUUGUAUUCAUAUUCAUGCUGUAUGCUGUACAUAAGUGUUAUUGUGGUAAAAUGAAAAAAAAAAUUAAAAAACAAUAAAGACUUGUACAGACUAAA